GACUCACCCGCUUGUGACCCAAACCUUUACGCUUCUGUUCGUACGCGCGCUCGAAAAGGAGCCUAAUGUCACUCCAAAAUUCUGCUCUUUUUUCAAGUUUCGAUCGAUCAAAACCCUAAUUCCUCGAUCCAAUGCUUUGAAACCAAAUUUACAGAUUCUUAAACCCUAAUUGAGUUCCUUUUGUGCCCUGUAUUCGAAUUGUUCUCGAAUCUGAACACACGCAAAGGAUAGAAACAAAAACCCUAAAAUUUCUUAAGCACUGGCUAUGGACGCCAAGGACAUUCUAGGAUUGCCCAAAACUCCAUUGCCAAUAACGCAAGAAAAAAAAUCCCAGCCCAAGAAGGACUCCCAGAGAAAACCCGAUGGCAUUUCCCGCGAGGUUUAUGCGCUUACUGGCGGCUUGGCACCCCUUAUGCCGUCAAUUGAUACCAGUCAGUUGAAACGGCGACCACCAUCGGACGAGAAGAUCACAUGGCAGUGGCUUCCUUUUACAAAUUCAGCUCGUAAAGAUAAUCUCCAGCUUUACCAUUGGGUCAGAGUUGUAAAUGGUGUCCCACCAACUGGCGACUAUUCCUUUGCUAAGUAUAACAAGUCUGUUGAUAUUGUCAGAUAUACCGAUGAAGAGUAUGAGAAGUAUUUGACUGAUCCUACAUGGACCAAGGAAGAAACAGAUCAAUUGUUUGACUUGUGUGAAAGAUUUGAUCUCCGCUUCAUUAUCAUAGCUGACAGGUUCUCAUCAUCUCGGACUGUGGAAGAAUUGAAGGAUCGUUAUUAUAGUGUUUCUCGAGCUAUACUGCUUGCUAGAGCUCCAUCUUCUGGGGACGUUUCAGGACAUCCUCUUGUUAAGGAACCAUAUAAUGUUUCACAAGAGAUAGAUCGUAAACGUGCACUAUCCAUGGUCCUUUCACAAACAAAGCAGCAAGAGCGAAAAGAUGCUGAGGUUCUUGCUGAAGCAAAAAGAAUAACCGAGUCACGCAUGGCUGCAAGGGGUGUUGAAGAAUCUACAUUGCAUGUAGCAUCAAAUGCUGGUCCAGAAAUGGCUGAGACAGCUACUAAUGUUGAUGGUACUGUAUCACCGUCAUCCAAUGCUCAGCUUGCCUCUGUAGCAGUUGCUCCCUCAACUUCUGUAAUGGCAGAAAAUGCCUCCACUCUAGCUUCUCUGCGCAUGCUUCGUGUAUACUUGAGAACAUAUGCACUCGAGCAAAUGGUGCAAGCUGCAAGUUCAACUGCUGGGCUUCGAACAAUCAAGCGAGUUGAGCAAAUAUUACAAGAUCUUGGGGUUAAUUUAAAACCAAGGGUACCAACCAAAGCAGUGUGUGCGGAGCACCUUGAAUUAAGAAAAGAAAUACUCACUCUACUCAAUCUUCAAAAACAGUUGCAAUAUAAGGAGGCAGAAGGUUCAUCUUUUCGUGAUGGUUCAUAUACUGAAAUGCCAGGCACACCCAAGCGUUCUCACCGUGAUCAAGACGGAACAUUUGUUCCAGACUCAAUGAGUUUUGGAGGGGAAAGGGCUGGCAGAAGGGAUCAGAAACGCAAGGGACCUGGAAGGUUAUCUGAGGCUCCAUCAUCACCAGCUCAUAAAAGGCCCAGAAAAUUGAAGGCUUCGGAUCUAUGAUUUUGAGGGUUCAUCAUUUUCCUUCCCCUGGAUUGGCAAGAUAGCAAAAUUAGAGGGGCAGUAUCCAGAUAAGGGCCUCAAAGGAUGUGUGACCUAAUCCGUGAGCAUCCCAUUUUUAGAAUGUCUAGCUGGUGUCUUUACAUCUGGUCAGAUCCCAGGCUGGGAUGUAGUUGCAAGUUGGAGGAGUCUUACCAGUAGGGAUGAAGAUGACUUCUUGUCAUAAUUAGAAGAUUGUAAAAUCCUUUUCAUUAGUGGAUGCAAACACUGUACAAAUGGCUAAUGUUCGGAGGCUUAGGAGUUUCUUUGUCACUAAAUUUAACAUUUUCAUGUAAAUGCAUCCCAUCUGAGAAUAGAAAUCAAUGACUUUGCACUCGUAAGUAUUAAUUUAUGAAACAGCAUGAUAUAAAUAAUAUAAUAUUUUUAUUUACUUA